UACCCUCCUCUCUUGCAGGUUCAUGACUGGGAAGGGGCUGGUCAUCUACCCAGAGAUUGGGGACAAACUGGACAUUAUCUGCCCCAAGGCGGAGCCGUCCAAGCCUUACGAGUACUACAAGCUGUACCUGGUGCGGAAGGAGCAGGCGGAUGCCUGCAGCACUGUCAUGGACCCCAACGUGCUGGUGACGUGCAACCGGCCCGAGCAGGAGAUCCGCUUCACCAUCAAGUUCCAGGAGUUCAGCCCCAACUACAUGGGCCUGGAAUUCAAGCGGCAGCAGGAUUACUUCAUCACAUCCACUUCCAAUGGCACGCUGGAUGGCCUGGAGAACCGGGAGGGAGGGGUUUGCCAGACACGCUCCAUGAAGAUUGUCAUGAAAGUGGGGCAGGAUCCAAAUGCGGUGAUCCCAGAGCAGCUGACGACGAGUCGGCCGAGCAAGGAGUCGGAUGACACCGUGAAGGUCGUCACGCAGAGCCCGCGCAGCAAGGUCCCGGCGGUGGAGGAGCCUGGCAAGCCAGGCUCCGUCAACCAGGACGGCCAGGAGACCCAAGGUCCCAGCGAUGGCUUCCUGAGCUCCAAGGUGGCCGUGUUCGCCGCCAUCGGCGCCGGCUGCGUCAUCUUCAUCCUCAUCAUCAUCUUCCUCGUCGUGCUCCUGAUCAAGAUCCGCAAGCGGCACCGGAAGCACACGCAGCAGCGAGCCGCAGCCUUGUCCCUCAGCACCUUGGCCAGCCCCAAAUGCAGCGGGAACGCGGGCUCGGAGCCCAGCGACAUCAUCAUCCCCUUACGGACUACAGAGAACAACUACUGCCCGCACUACGAGAAGGUGAGCGGGGACUACGGGCACCCCGUCUACAUCGUGCAGGAGAUGCCCCCGCAGAGCCCAGCCAACAUUUACUACAAGGUGUGAGGAGCAGCCUGGGCAGGGCCGAUGCAGCAGCGCGGGAGCGCCGGGCGCGGGGCUGGCGCCGCAGGGAGGAAGCGACACGUCCCCCUCCCCCCAGGCACGGCGCGGGGAGCGGCGCCGGGAGCGGAGGGCUCAACGCUCACCUGCUGAUUCUCCCCUUUGUAUUUAGUUUUGUAGUUCUCAGCUUUUGUAAUCCCGAGACUCUUGAGGGUGAGCCUUCAGCCUCCUCCUCUUCUUCUCCAGACUGUGGCCGGCCGUGGGGGGCGGGCGCCGUGCCUUUCCGUGCUCGGGACACUGCUGGCAAACCCGGAGACUCCACCUCCCCUUUGUGGUUUGGGAUUUCCC